AUGAGCGGCAAGCGCAAACGCGAGUCCUUGGUGAAGGAGGCGGAAGAGGAAACGGCGCAAUUCUGGGAUGACCUCAGGUUGGAGUUCAGUUGCGGCUGCUCGAGCAUGGCGAGCUCACAACUGCUUUGUUCUUGCUCCGAGGUCUUCCGGUCGAUGCUCUCCUCCGGCAUGAAAGAGGCACAGCAGCGGAGCAUUAAGGUGGAGGUGGCCACGAAGCAGGAUUUCGAUGCCUUUUACAGUCUGCUCAAGCGCCUCCUGGGGAGGCAUCCUGUGAAGCUGACUGCUCAGAACGUGGACACCUUGCUCACAAUCAGCGACUACUACCAGGCCAUGAAGUCCUGCAGCCUGAAAGGGAGAGAGUGGCAGAUACCGCUCUUGUGGAAUGCAAAGAAGCUUGUGGCAGUCAUCAGGAUUCCAGCUCUGAAAAUGCGAGCUAUGAGAGUUCCAUUGCAAUGUAAGGGUCGCACUUGCGCUGCGGCCGCCGUUGUGGCGGUGCUGGUGGAGGACCUCGUGGGGUGGAGUAUAUGUACUGUCCUGGUCUGGAGCAGCAGCAGAGAUUGCAACUUUCUGGGAGUGCGCAGCUCCCCAUCGAGACGCGACAUUUCGCGAAGGGCUGCCGACACAGGCACUUCGAAGGAUCAGCCCUUGGCACUCGUCGUUCCUGGAUUCCUUGGCGACUGCGGGGAUUUUGAGGAACUGGCGGAAGAAAUGCGGCAAGCCGGGUACAAGGCAGUUGUUGCGCCGAUCUCUUGGUGGCAUUGGAUCCCCUGUAUCGGCGGCCGGAGCAUGCGUCCUAUCUUGGAGCGCAUCGAUCAUGCCGUCAAUCAGGCGUUCGCGCUGGAGGAUGGCGCAACAUCCGUGCCGACACCAGCGUACAACGUGGCCGAUUUCCUGACAGACCUCUUGAACAAUCCGGGUGGCUUCCUCAAGGUCGGUGGCACGGACGACCCGGCAGAGUACCCGCCAUUCGAGCCCUGUGGUGCGGACUUCGUGAGCACUUCGCGUUCACAGUGGCCAGCAACCGACGGUCAGCGCUUAGCCUUGGUCGCACACUCUGCCGCGGGGUGGAUCUCCCGCCUGUACCUUUCAAAUGUGCCCUACGGUGGUCGAGCUUUCGACGGAGCCGAGAAAGUCCACUCAGUCGUUUGCCUGGGGUCGCCGCACUUCAUCGCCAACAACACGGUCUACAAAGCUUUGACCUAUCUGGAAAGCCGCGCUGAGCGCAGCCUGCCCGAGAAUGUCCGCUUCCUUUGCGUCGGAUCCUCUGGGACGAAAGCUGGACUUGCUUCGGACAUGACGCGCGGAGCCUACGCAUUCUGCGGUGCAGCACCGGAUGAUGAGUCCGUGGAGGGAGAUGGCAUGACACCCCUCUUCUCGGCCCUCGCUUUCGAGCCCGCGGAGAAGCUGGAGUUAGACGGAGUGACGCAUGCACCCGAGUACCCUGCCUUUGGUCCAAGCUCCGCUCUGGCAGAAGAGCGCGCAUCCGGAAAGCCGUGGUACGGUAGUCCUGAGAUCUUGAAGAAGUGGCUCCCGUGGCUCCAAGGUGCUUAG